AUGGCUUCUACCACCGUGGCCGAGCAACUGAACUGUAAUCGCAUCACUACUCGUGCUGCGGCGAAGCGGAGGGCGAUGGCCGCCUUGGUUGAGGAGCACCAGCUGGCUACCAAGAAGCGCGCGGUGCUUGGAGAUGUUACGAACUUGGUCAACGUCGUCGUUUCGGACAACCAUAAAUCUUAUGGUGAGUUGCGGAAACCGAAUUGUGCAAUCAAGAAGGAGGAGAAGAAGGCCGUAGCAACACCUGACAUUGAGGAUCCGCAACUGUGUGGACCUUAUGCUUCGGACAUUUAUGCCUAUCUUCGUAGGAUGGAGGUGGAACCAAAGAGAAGGCCGUUGCCUGAUUACAUGGAGAAGGUUCAGAAAGAUGCUAAUGCUAAUAUGAGAGCGGUCCUUGUGGAUUGGCUGGUGGAGGUUGCAGAGGAAUAUAAGCUCCUUCCAGACACUCUUCAUCUCUCUGUUUCUUAUAUCGAUAAGUAUCUAUCGAUCAAUGUGGUCAAUAAGCAGAAGCUUCAGCUACUGGGAGUUGCUUCAAUGUUCAUUGCAUCGAAAUAUGAAGAGAUUACUCCUCCAAAUGUGGAUGAGCUCUGUGACAUAACAGAAAAUACGUAUACAAAAGAAGAGGUGAUCAAGAUGGAGGCCGACAUUCUCAAGUCCCUGAAAUUUGAAAUGGGCAAUCCUACUACUCGGACAUUCUUAAGAAAGUUCACUGAUAUUGCUCAAGAUAAUUACAAAAGUCCCAAUUUGCAGUUAGAGUUCUUGGUUUGCUACCUUGCUGAGCUGAGUUUAUUGGAUUACAAACUUGUGAAGUUCCUGCCUUCUUUGGUAGCUGCAUCAGUUGUUUUUCUGGCACGAUUUAUGACUAGAACAAAAAUACAUCCUUGGUGUCCAGCCCUGCAACAGUAUACCGGAUAUAAAGCAUCUGAUUUGAAAGAAUGUGUUCUUGCCAUACAUGACAUGUGCUUGGGUAAAAGAGCACGAAAUUUGAAUGUUAUUCAAGAGAAAUACAAACAACUUAAGUUCAAAUGUGUGGCACACACUCAUUGCCCUCAAGAUAUACCAGCUUCUUUAUUUGAAGAUCUGAAAACAUGA